AUGCCCUCACUAUCAAAAAUGCCGUCUGCUGCCCGUCAACUUGUCUCCAAUAUGCUCUCAUUCUUAUCCUCUCCAUCUCCACAAAACAACGUAUCCGAGAAGGGCGCCUCGUUCAGCACACCACAGGCGAAUCGAAAGAACAAAAAAGCCUUCGAAGGAAAUAUCGAGAAAUGGGAACCCAAUGUCUACGAGAAGGAGCUCCUUCGACGUACCUGGUCCGACGAAUUCGAUAAUUUAUACGAGUUGGGCUCGGCGAUCUACUGCUACAUUUUUGAUCACAACCCGAACUGCAAACAACUAUUUCCAUUCAUUUCGAAAUAUCAAGGAGAUGAAUGGAAAGAGUCGAAAGAGUUCCGAUCGCAGGCUUUGAAGUUUGUACAGACUCUCGCCCAAGUGGUCAAGAACAUUUAUCAUAUGGAACGAACGGAAUCAUUCUUGUACACAGUCGGCCAGAAGCACGUCAAAUUUGCAGAUAGAGGAUUCAAACACGAGUAUUGGGAUAUUUUUCAGGACGCCAUGGAAUUCGCACUGGAACACCGCCUCAGCAUAAUGACGGAUCUCGACGAUAAUCAGAAAAAAGACGCGGUGACGGUGUGGAGAACGCUGGCCCUCUACACGACAGUUCACAUGAGGAACGGGUUCAUCGACGGCCUAAAAGGUGUCAACCGUUUCCCACCGUUAGUCUGA